AUGAAUAAGAUUAAGAACAACAAAACCAAAAUAAUCCUCGGACAACAACUCGAAUUUCCCUUCCCCGGUACUCCCGAUUCUCCUGGUCCUUUGCUGCCAAGAUGAAAUAAACGCAGUGUUAGUACUACAACUUUACGAUAUCGAUAGAAAAAGAUGCACGAUUGUCUUGUAUUAAAACGCACGUCGACUGCUCAGCAUGCAGAGGCUGUCUGGUGAUGCACUUUCACGGGAACAAUGACCAGGGUCGGAACCGGGCGUGGGGGGAGAAGAUGGGACGAGUUGUUGUGCAUUUUCCUUUUUAUACACGACAGUACAAAACAAGAUAAGUACGGAAUCGUCUCACCGCAGUGAUUUUCUGUUUAAAAACCGAUGUUUGUUUGUCAUACGUUUUAUUAUCAUUUCUCUACUACUAGAAUAGAUUAAAAUUAAUAGAUUUACUCCUUGUGUUUCCCAUUUUUCUUGUUUGAAGGUAAAUUGGAACAUGACCUUAUCGACGAAAACGGUAGGAUUAAAUGCAUAAGAGAACAAACAAGCGAAAUUGCAGUUUAAAUAAA